GUGAACCAAGCAUGGCUACUCGUCCCGUGUCCUACGCCCUCCUCGUGCUCACGACCCUUCCCCUAGCCCUCGCCACCAGCUUCCCACACCGCGCUCUACUCCAGACAUGCCAGCCAAGCGGCACCAUCGCCGGCGAGUCCGGCAGCUGCAGCACGGAGAACGACUCCGAGUGCUGCGAAGACGGGCGGCGCUAUAGAACGUUCGCGUGCUCCCCGCGCGUCACGGGAAGGACCCGCGCCUCGCUCACGCUCAACAGCUUCGCCGACGGCGGGGACGGCGGCGGGAAGUCCGAGUGCGACGAGAGGUUCCACCCAGACUCCCAGAUGGUCGUCGCACUGUCGACCGGGUGGUUCGCCGGCGGGGGACGGUGCGGGAAGCGCGUCGUGAUCCGGGCCGCCAACGGGAGGACCGCCACGGCCACGGUGGUGGACGAGUGCGACUCGAAGCAUGGCUGCGACGAGGAGCACAACUUCGAGCCCCCGUGCGCGAACAACAUCGUCGACGGGUCGCCGGCCGUGUGGAAGGCGCUCGGGCUCGACACGGACGAUGGGGUGGUGCCGGUCACGUGGUCCGACGCGUGACCUAGGUACACGAGCUACCAAACGCGACACGCGCACUCGGAUCCGUCAUCCGUGCUAUACCACUGUCGUCCGUGCAUUUCAUCACGUAUUAGUAUGUCAGAAUAAAUAAGCAUGCCCAUGCAUGCAUGCAACUGUGUAAACCUUGCCGAUCAAUAUAUGUAAUGUUCUCGCUGUUCACGGUUAUUACAGACUUCAGUUCAUUCA